AUGUAUGAGAUGGAAAAACAAGGUUUAUUUAGUGCCCUUUGUUACUUGAUGCUGAAUUCCCCUCUUCUAUUUAGUGUACACGCGACGUUUACUGAAGUCCCCAAAGAUGUGACAGUGAGGGAGGGAGAGGAUAUAGAGAUGCCUUGUGCUUUUCGGGCCAGUGGAUCCACGUCCUUUUCUUUGGAGAUCCAAUGGUGGUACCUCAAAGAGGCGACCAGGGAGACAACAUUGGAACUAGCUAUGACCGCCCCCGGGAGCAGAAGCAAGGUCAUCGCGAAUAGGGAUGGGACAAAAAUCAGCACGGUCCGGGUACAAGGCAACGACAUCUCGCACCGCCUGCGGCUCUCCAACGUCCGGAAGCAGGACGAGGGGGUGUACGAGUGCCGGGUGUCGGAUUAUGGAGACGAUGAGACUCAGGAACACAAAGCCCAGGCCAUGCUGAGGGUCAUAGCCCGCUACUCUCCGCCCGACAUGCAGGCCGCCGAGGCCGUCUCCCACAUCCAGAGCAGCGGGCCCCGCAGGAAUAACCCCGGCAACAGGGCCACCCCAGAGCCCGGGAACAAACGCCCCAACCCUCCAGGGGAGCGCCCGGCGCCAUCGCAAGCCACCGCCGCAUCUUCCUCGGCUUCCCCUGCUCCCGGAAAGGCAGCCAUCCUGCGGCAGCAACAUGGAUCAGGUUCAAAAAAGGUUUAUUCAAGUUUUUUUAUUUGA